GGAAACUUCAACUUGUAAUUUGUAAAUGUGAAUUGGUGUCAAAAUACAAUGUAAGAAAGUCAACAUAUUUGAAUGAUUGACCAACGGAACCAGAAUACUAGUUCUAAAGCGCUUUUAUAAUUUUCACAGAUGCAGAACUAAAUUCUGUUUUGAAUACUCUAGGUUUCAACAUAUACGUAUAUAGUAUUCACAUAAUUGACUUUAAAAAUUUGCGAAAGUUCUAGAAUAUUAAUUCGUUCACAAUGUAUUCGCUUUUAUUCAUUUUUAAUCAUAUACUUUUUCACAACUAUCAUCUGACAAAUAAAACUCAAUAAUGGGGCAAAAGCCUUUUUCAAAAAAUAAAAAUAAUAAUGGGACAAAAGACAACGUGGAAACUGAAAGAAAGUGAGGAAUUGGGCUCCACUCCACAACGUAAAUGAUAAUUGAUAGACUCUUCUGGUUGAGAUUAGUUAGCCAACCAUCCCCCACUCCUUCCCAUUUCCUCCCGCCAAGUUAUACAAUCUUGUUGUCAAAAUUAGUAAUCUUAAGCAUCAUUUAUUUAUUUAAUCCAAAUAAAAGUGUAUAUAUAUGAUUUAAUAUAAUUACAUAUGUAAAAUCACUGAAUCGAAUAAGAACCAUACUGCUACAAGGUUAAGUUAUGGACGUAGAGGAAAAAUUUGUAAUUUUAUAUAUAGUAUAUUUUUUUAUUAAAAUUUAAUAUCACUAUAGUUGGGAAAUGAUCAACAUAAUAAAAAGCGAGAAAGAUUGUUCUGUUAUAACAAAAAGAUUUGUCAUACGGUGAAUUUUGAAUUGAUGACUUCAUCUAGAUAUUCUUAAUUCUUAUCCAUUUCUUUUCCAAAACGAAAAUUCUACAAAUAAAAACAAAACAAAAAGAAAUCAAAUAAAAUAUCUUUCCCUUUCCUCUCAAUCCUAGAGAGAGAGAAACAGAGUAGAGAGAGAAGGUCUGCAUUGGCGGUUGGAAUAAGCAGUUGCGAUCUAAACAUUUCUUCAUAAACAAAACCUCAGGUGUUAGAUUAGGCCAACGGUUCUCUUCCUCUCCCUUUCUUUGUUUCUCUUCAAACGUAAGCAAACAAAACAAAACACAAACUUCAAAGAGUUUGUCUCUUAUAAAAUAUAUAAACAAUCCUUUUGUUAUGGUGUGAUUCUUGGUCGCCAUCUCUCGCCCAACUUCACCUUCCCUGACAUAAACACAACACCUUCCUAAUCUUUCUUUGUAAUCAUCUUUUUCUCUUGUUCCUGUCUUCUCAAUCUUUUCUCCUAUAUUAGAAACAAGUUAUCCCUAUAAAACCUAUUUCAUUUCAGACAAAAGCUUAUCUCUAUACUCAAAGCUUAGGCUACUAGAGGUACUUUCCUUUUGUGAAAUAGAUUCCUCCUUUUCGGGAAGUCGUGGAGUUCGUGUACGGAGCUGAGUUUUGCCUUUUUGGUGGUUGCAAAUAAGGUUUAAAUAUAUAUUGAACGCUUUGGAAAACUUCCAAUGGAUGAAUCAUCUUCCAAUAUUGUCUCCAUAACUAUUUCAUCAUCUUCUUCAUUGAGUACCACACCACCACGAAGUGACAACACUCAUGCGCCUGCCUCUGUUCAAGAGAGGUCCUUCUACUUAAGGUUUGCUAUGAGGGUAUCUAGAGCUAGAUGGUUUAUCUUCUUGAGAAGAGUGUUUCACUAUCAAAACGGAUCAAGAUCAGAUCUCGGCUCCAACCCUUUUAACUCCAGCACGUGGAUGAUGUCUGAGCUUAUAGCCCUGCUUGUUCAGCUUACAGUGAUUACACUCACACUAGCUAUCUCAAAAGAAGAGAGACCUGUUUGGCCAGUGAGGUUAUGGAUCACAGGUUAUGAUGUGGGAUGUCUCCUCAGUCUUAUGCUAUUAUAUGGUCGGUUUCGCCAACUAAACCAAGGAAACUGGUUUGUCGAUAUUGAGCAGCAACACAGAGGCAGAGAUGAAACUAGGAGCUCUCAUUUGAUGAACAAGUGCAGAACGUCUCUAGAGCUGUUCUUUGCGAUUUGGUUUGUGGUUGGGAAUGUUUGGGUGUUUGAUUCUAGAUUCGGUUCUUUCAACCAUGCUCCAAAGCUUCACGUUCUCUGCGUCUCUCUUCUUUCUUGGAACGCUCUCUGCUACUCUUUUCCCUUUCUUCUCUUCCUAUUCCUCUGUUGCCUUGUGCCUCUCAUUAGUAGUCUCCUUGGAUACAACAUGAACAUGGGAUCUUCAGACAGAGGUGCAUCUGAUGACCAAAUCUCUAGUCUCCCUAGCUGGAAACACAAACGAGCCGACGACAAUGCUUCUGAUUCAGCUCCUAAAACUGAUGAUCCUGAGUGUUGUAUAUGUUUGGCAAAGUAUAAAGACAAGGAAGAAGUAAGGAAGCUUCCAUGUUCACAUAAGUUUCACCUUAAGUGUGUAGAUCAGUGGCUUCGUAUCAUCUCUUGUUGUCCUCUCUGCAAACAAGAUCUUUCCGGAUGAAAAAGCACAAAACCCUAAAGCAGACAAGAGCUCAUAAGAGACUCUGAUUUUAGUUCUAUAGUUUUUGGUUUGUUUGGUUUCUUCUCUCAAAGGUUUUUAUUUUUAUUUUUGGUUUGAAGCAAGUAGGUUACUUGUGUGAGUGAGUGUCAAAAGUUUUGUACAGAAAGAGCUCACCAGUAACCGUAAAGUACAUUGUGAGGAGAUACAAAUCACAAUGCCACAACAUUUAUAAAAAUCUUGAUAUAGUGUUUACACUCUUUUUUUUUGAUAAGUAAUAGUAAUAGUGUUUACACUUCAUAUGGUUAUUUCUCAUCAUGCCUUGUAUUUUCAGUUCUAUUUGCUAAUAAAAGCAUAUUUAACCCC